AUGGGAACACUGUCAGCGGUGGGAAACACUCGUCAGCAGUGGGAAACACUCGUCCAGGGUAGGAACACCUCGUCAGAGGGGGAAGCACUCUGUCAGCAGGGGGGAAGCACUCGUCAUACGGGGAGAAGCACUCGUCAGCGAAGCAGUCGUCAGCGGUGGGGAAACACUCGUCAGCGGUGGGAAACAUUCGUCAGCGGUGGAACCAACCUCGUCAGCGGUGAGAAGCACUCGUCAGGGUGGAAGCGAUCGUCAGCUGGAAGCACUCGUCAGCUGGGGAAGCACUCGUCAGCUGCGAGGGAAGCUCUUCAGCGGGGGAAGAACUCGUCAGCGGGGAAACACUCGUCAUGGUGGGCACUCGUCUGUCAGAGGAAGCACUCGUCGCUGGGGGAAGCACUCGUCAGAGAAACACUCGUCAGCGGUGGAAACUCGUCAGCAGGGGGAAGCACUGGUCAGGAAGGAAGCACUCGUCAGCUGGGGAAGCACUCGUCAGAGAGAAACACCCGUCAGCGGUGGGAAACAUUCGUCAUGGGGGAAGCACUCGUCAGAGGAAGCACUCGUCAGCUGGGGAAGCACUCGUCAGUUGGGGGCACACCGUCAGCGGUGGGAAACACUGUCAGCGGGGAAGCACUCGUCAGGAGGAAGCACUCGUCAGCUGGGGAACUACUCGUCGGGGCUGGGAGGAAGCACUCGUCAGCUGGAAACACUCGUGGAAACACUCGUCAGCAGUGGGAAACACUCGUCAGCG